AUGGAAGUUCAGGACGGUAUCACCAUCCGGCCCAUGAGGUUGAAAGUUCUCUACACAUUCGAUGACCAGAAUAAAACGAAUUGCUUGGCUCGAUGGCCUCAUCUACUCGACAUUCAAACUGCAUACCUUGAUGAAAAGACCCAGAUAGGUGUCAUUGAGCUGAAGACAUGUAUUCAGGCUAUUGUGUCGGCGAGCCCGGAAUUGGUGGCGAAACUCGGUCAGGAUUAUACGGUUUAUGCAUACGACUACUCGGAAUAUGAAACCCCUCUGGUUGGCCAAGGCAUGCUAUCCUGGGUCCUCGCCUCCGCGUCGCCAACGCCCAAUGCACCUGCACACCAAUCAAAAACUAUUGUCACAGGGCGAGUGAGCAAGAAUGUCCUUGGACUGUUCUCGAAGGGCGCACAAGAAACACUCGAAGUGAAACUACGGCUUGUACCGGUACCCACCCUAAUGCAAAGCGAAUAUCUCGAAAGCAUGCAACGAUAUCGAGAACUAAGCAAUAUAAUACCGCAAGAUUUUGAUGCUCAAGCCUGGUCUUCCUUCGUCCAACAAAACCCUCAUAUGUUUGCACCCAGUCAGCGCCCGCGGUCUACACAUAGCACGAAUGGACUUAUAGAUCAUUCUGGUAUAGAAAAGUUCCAUCGGCUUUUGAGUGAAGGCUCUACCCCCAGGGAGUUUCCUUCGGCUCAUCCAGAUUCCACGGCAACAUCUCCAGUGGAUCCACCAAGCCGGAGCGAGACGCCAGUCGGCGUACAGAUGACUGCCCAAAUGUCUAGGCAACCAUCUGCAGCAGGCCACGGUCGAAGAGGAAGCGAAGUUUCUAUUCGUCCACUGUCUCGAGCAUCUAUGCAUGACUCAGACUUCCAGCGCCCGGGCACAAUAACCCGCCGAGGAUCAAUCUAUUCAGGAUAUGGGAGCGGCGAUGAAGCAAUGGACCACCCUCCGCGAAAGCGCGCUAAACUUUUCAGGGCGGAUGUAACCGGCAAAGAUGACCUGAAUAUUGAGCGUCAACCUGGUUCACUUCGGGUGGCUGCAAGCACGGCUGCGUCUGUCCGGAUUCAUCGUCCAACACCAAUCAAUUCCUUCCAAUCCUCAGCUGCUGCAAGUUCUCUCGAAGAACCUGUCCGUCCGCCUACCCCAAUUUCUCGCAACGCCAGUGAAGGGCCACGACGAGCUCGCCCCACUCCGAGUCUGCUCCGUGAAUCGUCCAUCAAUAGCGCAACAAGCUAUAGGUCACCCUAUCCCUCGUAUGAUGACAUACCAUCAACUGAUUUGCCAGAUACUUCUCCUGAUGACCACCGGUAUCAGGGCAUCUUCGAAUCACAGUUUAGUAUGCCAUCAUCUCCACCUAUCAUGGAUGGAGGACUACCUAGUCGCUCGAGUCCCGUCCUUCCUCCUUUGCCCAUACAACCAGACUCUGGGUUCAUGAGUGCGACACUUGAGGACUUGAUGGAUGAAGAUAGUUGUAUCCGCGCGAACUUUCAUGAAAACAAUGACACAACAGGAAUGGCCGACUGCGAGUCUACAAAACAGAAUCGCCAAGAUCAGAUGACAGGUCGUCACAAUUCAUUGACCAAUCAGGGUUCUAUCUCAAGGCAGCAAAAUGAUAAUUAUCUGGCUAGUGACAGCCCGUAUGAAUCUUUGUCUUCCAAGGAGGCGCCAACACUUCCCCCCCAACAUAGUUCUACGGCUUCGCGACCAUCAUCUCGAACAAGCAUAAGGCCCGCCCAAAAGCUAGCACCUGCUCCACUAUCUCAAAGUGAGAUGGAGCAAUUGAUGGGCUCGAUUCCUGCCAGCGAUCCCGUCUUGCCGCCUUCGGGCUACAUGCACCAUGCGAAUACAUGGUCUGGUCCGAUGAGUGACAUGCCCUCUGUUGAAACGCCGUUGCCCCAGCCUGUUGAGGAGAGGGGUAAGGGACGAAGUGGAGCAGGUGCACGACGAGUACGUCAAGUCCAGGCUCGACUUGAACACUGCAUUCGAGAAGGUCAAGUCCCUCCCUACUGCAACAAUUGUGGUGCUAUUGAGACUCCUACCUGGAGGAGGGCAUGGUCAAAGCAAUUUGAAGGCAGCGAACAGGAUGCCAACGAAUAUCUAAAGGACCCUAUGUGCCUCUUCUGGAAGGCUACAGACAGAGUCGAUGGCGAGACGAUCACUAAGUUUCGACUGUAUAAGAAGACGCUGGUGGACGCAGAUAAAGACUUUGAUCAGAUUCUUCUCUGCAAUCCCUGUGGUCUGUGGCUGCAGAAGUUCAAAUGCAUGCGUCCGGAAAACAAAUGGAACAAACAACCCGCAAAGGACAAACGCAAACGGUCAUCUCGCGCACGCAAGGGCCCUCUGACAGGUAGCGGAACUACUUCUACAAGAAGCCGAAGCAAAUCUCAGAUGAAUUCGGCUCCUGGUUCAUCCCCGGCCCAUACAGACACUUCCUCUCCAGCUGGUGACAAUGGUUCCCAAGCCGGAGAUGAUAGGGUCACUCCUGCGGUCGAGAACGACAACGAGAACGAAGAAACGAAUGAUUGUAUUGAAAUGGAUCAUCCAAACAAGCGCUUUCGAGCCAGCAGUGCGGAACCUACAUCCAAUACACUUCAAAGCCAAUGGGACGAGAACGCCGCCGUGGAAGCGCUUAAAAGGGCCAUUCAAUCGAGUCCUGCGCGCAACCUUGAUGUCCAUGUAUCGAAGUCACAUGAAGUAAACCUCACGCCGAAGCCUGUGAGGAGAGCUUUGUUCCCGCAUGGCAAUCACGAUGGACCUUUGAAGGCUUUGGCAGACAAAGAAAACACUCCAUCUGCUGCUAAUCGCAAUUUGGAUGGCCUGUUCGACAGUCCAUCAUUCGACUUUAAUUUGCGACAUACGCCCACUCCCAAGCGACGGACGCCUCGCUCCAACGAACGGCGACUAUCGCUGCCUUUCUGUUCGCCUAGUGCCAAUAAAACCAAGCAUUCUACAACCGGCCUGUCACCAAACACACCCAGGUCGAGACAGACACGCUCAAGCUCUGAUAAAGACUCCUCGAUAGAGAGCACUAUUGAAAACAGAAGUGCAUUUCCCAGUGUGGACGACAUGGUUUUGGAUGGUUUAUUCGAUCCGUGGCAAUCACUUCCUCAAUCAGAUAUGUACAUGCCUUUCUCUGAUUGGUCACCAACCGCAGAAAACAACAACUCAAUGUUGCAAUUCCCAAGCAAUUUCAACGAUGAUGAGGCUCUUAUCAACGCAGUGCUCGCAGAUUCAGAGCUUGGAAAAUCUACUGAUAUGGGUGUCUCUUUUACGGAGAAUGCCACUACCGAUGAUACAACUUUAACCGAGUCUGAUAAUCACGAUCAGGUCCAGGCUGGAGUAAGCGAAGCACAGGCUGCUGUUGCUUCUAUUUGA